ACCAUGGAUACCGAUGCGGUGGUUUACAUUUCUAACAUUCCCAAGCAAACGACGGCGGCGGAACUGCAUAAUUUCCUCCGGUCUUCGGGAAAUGUUGUGGGGUCAACGUUCAUGCGGGAGAACAGGAACGAUUGUCGCACUAAAAUUGCUUUCGUUAUGUUCGAAAACGCGGCACAAGCCAUGGAAGCUUGCAGCUUAGAUCAAACACUCUUUCAAUCGCAUCGAUUGAGCAUUCUUCUAUCGAACGAUGAUAGAAAAUUUCUGGCUGGCUACACGAUAGUGAUACAAAAUACAUCCUCCGAUACAAGCGAAGAAGAUCUAUUCGAGGCAUGUUGUAAAUAUGGAAAUGUUGAAGCAGUGCAAAUUCCUACCAACUACUAUGCUUUCGUUGGUUUUGCUGAGCGAUCCGCGGCUCACGCGGCCCAGCGUAAGCUAGAUAAUUCGUUACUGAAACAGCACACAGUUACGGUGAAGGUUAUUGACGAGGAUGUUCGGGUACGAUUAGAGGAUCUUGAUAGCUACAAAACACCACGAGUUUAUAACGAGUUGUUGCGUGCCAAACAACAAUAUUAUGAUAAUGCAUCAAAAAAUAGUAAGGACGUUCAGCACAAUGCUCAGCCCAGAAGAGACCAGUGCGAUCAAAUAUCAGAUCAGCGUUAUUACGACAAUGUUGAUGAUGAUUCGAUGUGCCAGUUUAACGUAAACGACUCGAACAAUUAUCAACCAACGACAAAUCAGCAUUUUUACGAAGAAGAAUACAAUCCCGUUCUUUUUUAUCGUCGAGAUGUUCGAUUCGGUAAACCACGGUUUAUAUCAGCCAACAAACUAACAGUCAAAGUAGAAAAUAUUCCGCGAGACACGUAUGAUGAGGACGUAAUCAUGUAUUUUCAAAACUUCGGACCCAUUCGAAGCAUUGAAAAAGGAAUCUCCCUAAAUGCAAUUUUCACUAAGGUUUACAUGAUUAUGUACCAUGACGAAGAAUCAUAUCAUCGGGCGCUAAAUUGCAUUCGACGGCAGGUGCAAUUGUCCAACAUCACUUGUACCAUUUUCGUGACAAUUCCGGGAGAAGCGCUCCAGCCACUUAAAUCUCAAAGUGUGCUGGUCAGCUAUAUAUCUUCGCAUGUGCUAUACGACGAAAUAGCGCAAGCAUUUGCAAAUAUUGGCGACGUCUUGUAUGUUGAAAAAAAAGUUCGCAAUAACGGCCCAACAAUACUGCACUUUGCGCAUCCUGUUAACAUGGUAGACGCAUGCCAGAUCAAUUGCAUAGCUGGUUACAAAGUUGCUGUCCAGUCAGUUAAUCAAAAAGGUUAUCUGAAGUUCACAUCAAAUCUACUAGCCUUCAAGAAAGCAGCUAAAACAAAAUUAAAAGGAACGGACAAAGGAAACUAUUUGGCAAAUAUUGAAGCUAAAGAAGAAGAAGAAAAAACAAAUAACAUUGCAUUCAAAACAGGUCACGAUCCUCACUAUCACAAUCCCAAUCAGAAGAAGUAUAGCUUCGAAGUGGUCCUGUACAAUUGUCCGAAAGACACUAAAUUUGGUCAUCUCAAAAGCUACUUUAAGCGAGCUGGAAAUAUUUUAGCUAUGCGUCAUGAGCCUAGUAAGUUUGAUGCGAAUACUUGGAAAGUGUACGUAAGUUUUUCCAACUAUCUGGAAGCCUUUCGUGCUAUCAGAUUGAAGGGUAAGUUCAAUGGUGAACUAAUCUUCAAGCAUAUUGCUGCCGAAAGCCCUAAACUGGACUGCGUAGAAACUUUGAUGGUUAAAGUACUCUCAGAAGAAAACAUUACUGUGGCGCGUAUAGCACGCGGGUUUAUUGGAUGCGGAGGAUUGUAUUUCGCUGAAAAAGUAGGUACAAAUGAAUUCAUCGUCAUCUUCCGUGAUUUGAAGGGAGCUCAGAAAGCUUGUUUGGUUAAAUCCAUUGAUCGUCAACCGAUCGAAGUUUACAGCAUGAAAGAUAUGAUAACAAAAAGGUAUGAUCCUCAGAGAACUACAAUAACAAAAGACGGUACUUCCAACGUAGAUGGCGAAGAUGGCGAACCGAAACAAGACAGACGGCGAGUACUGCUGUCGGAUAUGUUUUCCGAUAUGGAAGCGGAUAACCAUGCACCAACAGUUCAACAAACGUCUCCAAAGCCGGAACAAAAAACAAUUGAAAUUAAGCAGGGCCGCUCGGACAUACCAAAAGCAUCAACUAGCAACUCACAACAGAUACAGAAUGCAACUGCUGGCGACCUGCGCAACGUUAUUGCCGAAAAACGUCACAUCAAAUCAGAUUGCCAGGAAAAGCUGAAUGAUCUGGAAGUAAUGGAACGCUACAUUAAGGAAAAGGAACAGGAAAUACAACGUCGACUUGAAAAAUUGAAACAAGACGAAGCUAACGUAAAAGCUCUAUUGCCUUCAUCUAGCAAACAAAGAUCAAGUUCGCCAGAAGCAAGAACAAAAGAAAUAAUCAACGCAGGAACCAAAAUUAACAUAAGCACCGAGCGCUCCUCACCAGUUAGAAUGGAACGUAUCUCGGUAAAGCAACAUUUCGAAUCACAAUCAUCGCGAACGACAGAUGAACGGACCAACACUCGUCCAGCUGUUAGCAAUGUAACGUAUCCUAUCAAGCAAUUGAUAGUUUCGGAGCAGACACGUUCUGUUUCACCCUCUGAUUGUUUAGCUCAUGAACGAUAUAUGCAAAUACGCGUGGAAAAAAUUGCUAUUACUCAAGAAUUGGAUUCACUGCGCCAACGGUUCGACUAUCGAAAGGGAUCGCGAGUCGAAGCUUUGAAAGAUCUGCUUGCUGAAUUAAAUCGUGAGCAACGUGAUAUUCAAAUUCAGCUGGAAGUGAAACAACGUUUACGUAUGCCAGAUAAUGUCAAUUAUACAGGAAGCUCCUUUGACGCAUCUCCAUCGCCUCCUUCGCAGCAUAACCAUGAUAAAAGAUCAUUAUCGCGCUCUCGUUCGCCUUACCGAUCUGCAUCACGAACACGUUCACGUUCACGUUCGAAACCCCGUAACAUUGCUCGGUCUAGAUCACGAUCACCAUUGAGAAGGUCGCGAAUGUCUCGUUCUUCAUCUCCCCAGUACUCACGAUCAAAAAGGCGUAGGACUAGAUCACCAACUAGGGAUUCACGAUCCUCUACACCAAAGCGUGGAUAUUCGUUGGAAAGAGACAUAUACAACAUUGGACGAUACAACGCGAACCAUGGGAAGCACAGCAUAUACGUUGGAAACGUUAAUUUUAAAGUGUCUGAGAGGGAGAUUGAAGACAGAUUUGCACGAUACGGUAGACUGGAAAAUAUUGAUUUCUCCCGGCGUAAACGAUACGGCGAAAUCUAUUUCAAUUAUGAGAAUCGACAACACGCAUUUGAAGCGUUAAAAAUGAAUAACAUCAAAAUAGCAGGACGUCGUCUACGAGUAGCAUUCAACAUGGAAAAGCCUUCCAACAGAGAAAAAUAUUCGCUGUACUUCAAAAUUCGACAACCGACUGAAGAAGAUACAAUCUUCAGAUCCUAUAAAUCGUUCGGUGAGAUUGAUUUCAUUUGGUACCCAGAACAUGGUACUUUUGGAACUAUUUCUUUCCGACGAACCGAAGUAGCAACUGCAGCACUUUCGUUAAAACAACUCAUCGAUGGAACACAGAUAUAUGCAAAACCGUUUAUUGAUAAACUAAGGCGAUUUGAGUAA